CUUCACUGUCCUCCUUGUCUUUCGCCACCAAUUGCAACCUUGGCGUCCUCCCGUCACGAAUCUGUUUCACGAAACUUCUACUAUACUUCUACCAUGAACUCCAAACCGUCGGCUGUGGCAUCUUUCACGAACUAUUUUCGUCCUCACCGUGGUGAGGCAGUAGUCCGGUUACGGUCGAACGCUUUCGGCUUGAUUUCCGUCUUCAUUUCUACUUGGCUUCUACCUGUGCCUUCUGUAACAUCAGCAAUGCGCAUGAUCCUUUCUGGAAGCAAUUCUCAAAACGAUUUCUUGGUUGUGACCGGGAGUGAAUGGAAUUUUAGAAAAGUUGUCUGUGUCCUAGAGCUGACAAUUGUUGCUAUGCUUGCUUACAACGUCCUCGAAGCAUUUUACGCGCUUAAAUACCCCAGAAAACCACUUGGACCUUCCGUCCUCUCCCCUGCGAAAAAGUCGAAUCCGCUGGGAGUAGUCUCCCCUGAAUCGGCAAAGAAACCAUUCCGGAUACUGUCCCCCAAUUCAACUCCAACAUCAAGAUCCAAAAUAUUCUCUCCCAGCCAAUCUCUUGCUCUCUCCCAAUCUAGAUCCUCUCAAUAUCCUCCAUCUCCUGCGAGCUCACCGUCUCGUGUCAUCCGAUACUCGAUGCCACCAAAAGGUAGCUCCACAGACGGAGGCAUCAAUGCUUCCAUCUCGUCUUCAACGUCAACGAUCCCGCCGACUCCCAGUCCUAGUGCUUCAUUAGCAUCGGCAUAUCGUGGGAAGCAUGCAUCCGGCUUCCAUGGAGGGCGACCAAUGGACGGCCUGUUCCUUAGCCAGAUGGCUUCGGGUGGAGAUGAUGACGACGACGCAGAAUGAUAUACGGUUAUGUACUUUAUGUACUGCGAUAAUUCACACCGCAUGUUUCCUUUCCGGCGAAAUGUCAGGCCAGGUGGAAGUUUCCGCCUACAGAGAAUUUUGAAGCAAUAGGAACUCGUUCGGUAUUAGGCCGGUGACAUGAGCAUAACAUAAUGCACGGCGAACAUAAUGGUAUGAAUUAUAUCAAACCUUCCGAUUAUUGGAUACGAUCUUCCCUUGAUUGCGGCCAGGGCGUAAUGGCAGCUGGUAUCGGAGCUGCACCCUUCUAAG